GACAGUACGAGCGCGUGACAUGACAGAGGUGCUAGGCAUGAUCAAGGGGCUGCAGGUGCUCAUGGCUCGCAUGGAGACGGUGUUCGCUGACGCAGCCAGGCGGUCCAUCUAUGCGGAACUGCAGGACUUCGUGCAGCUCAUGCUGAGGGAGCCGCUCCGGAAGGCCAUUAAGAAUAAGAAGGACCUCAUACGCAGUAUCAUAGUAUCAGUUCGUGAAACUUGCGGUGAUUGGGCGCGCGGCUGUGAGCCGCAACAGGAUCCGGCGCUGCGAGGGAAGAAGGAUGGAGAAGCUAGUUUCACUAUUAAAUCUGACAUUGAGACCAAGACUGACAACAUGUCCAACUGACAAAGUGUCCGUAUG